AUGGGCGUGGCAAACGCGGGUGGAGGACAGACAGAGCAGAAACAGAAACAGAAACAGACGGUCAAGCCUCUACCUGGCACUCUGCCCAUCUCGCUUGGCCACGCCAAGGGUGACGGAUAUCGGGACUUUGCCACCGACGAGUCCUCUCAGAGGAAGACAGAGUCCCUCCCCUUUCUUCAGGGGAAUUACACGGAAGAAGAAAUCCUGUUGUCCUCGCCAUGA